GACUCUGAACUGCAGGAUUUAAGACAGACAAUCGAGUCCCUCCGCCUUCAGUCUGGAAUGCUCGACAGAUCUUCCAUCCUCAGGCAAACACUGGCCGCCCAGUCGUCAAGAUCCCUAGUUGCAGAGCCAGGUAACAACCUGUCGCCAGCUCCGAAUUCGCCUCCCUGGGCCUGUCAACAAGCGCCCCAGACCCCGCUUCAUCUUUUCGGAUCCGACGGACAUCGAAUGCUGUCGCAAGAGACCGCUGGUAUUGACACUCAAGAUCGCUUGUGCCCGGCUGUUACUAAGGUCAGAGGUGCCUCCGAAGCAGCCGGCUUGGAGGGUGGCCCAGAGGAGAUGUUUCUGGCUCCUGGGCGUCAGGACUACAUCGGCAAUGGUACCAAUAAUUCGGGAAGGCCGUAUGGAAUAGUGGAGGAGCACAAGACGACAAAUCCUGUCAGCUUGGGCGAGAAGGCGAAAAAGAGUGGAGGCUGGGUGAGUAUUGACAGAGACCUCAGUCUGAGAGCAAAAAUUUAUUUAUUUUAUUUACCGUUCAUGAGUAAACAUAAAAAAUAA